AUGGCAACAAGAUUUAAGAAAAACAGAAAAAAGAGAGGUCAUGUAUCAGCUGGUCAUGGUCGUAUAGGAAAGCACAGAAAACAUCCUGGUGGAAGAGGAAAAGCUGGUGGUUUACAUCACAUGAGAAUUAAUUUUGACAAAUACCAUCCCGGUUAUUUUGGCAAGGUCGGUAUGAGACAUUUGAACUUGUUAAAAAAUCGAAAAUUUUGCCGUACCAUAAAUGUUGACCAAUUAUGGGGUUUAUUACCUGAAGAAAAAAAAAAAGAAUUUGCUGCAAACCCCAAAAUAGCCCCAGUUAUUGAUGUAACAAGAAUUGGAUAUUUCAAAGUUUUAGGAAAUGGAAAUUUAAAAUCAGAUCAACCAAUUGUUGUAAAAGCUAGAUAUUUUUCUUCCAUUGCUGAAAAAAAAAUAAAAGCUGUAGGAGGUCAAUGCAUAUUAGUAGCAUAA